AUGAAUACCCAUAUUGUUUGGCUUUUUAUAUCAAUCUCAUGUAUUAAUGUAUUUUAUAAUGUUCAACAAGGAUUGUCAGCAGCAGCUAUCGAUGAUCCAACUGAAGAAACAACAUCGACUGAAAUGACAAGCACAACAAGUGAAACGGAUAUUGUAGAACAAGGUAAUUUUACGGGUUCAUGUUGUCUUAAACGUGAUCCUUUGGAGGCUGGUGCUCAACCUCCAUUCGAAUCAGAUGAACAAGAUUAUCCAGGUCUUGAAAGUAAAAUGAAUCCAAGACCCGAUUUCGGCUAUAAAUCAUACCAUGGUUCGGGCAAACUUAAAGGCAAAGUAGCUAUCAUAACAGGUGGUGAUAGUGGAAUUGGCCGUGCAGUUGCAUUAGCAUAUGCUCGCGAAGGUGCUUCAGUUGUCAUUUCAUAUUUAAAUGAAACUGAAGAUGCAGAAGAAAUUCAAACAAUUCUUCAGGGUGAAGGACAUGAAUGUCUUUUAAUUCCUGGUGAUAUAACUGAUGAAGCUCAUUGUAAGAAGAUUAUCGAUCAAACUAUAGAAAAAUUCGAACGCAUUGAUAUUCUUGUUAAUAAUGCAGCUUAUCAAGGCAAAGAACUUGAAAAUUCAAUUGAAGAUAUGAGUCAUGAUCGAGUUUUAUAUACAUUUCAAACAAAUAUUAUAUCCAUGUUUGAUCUUACACGUUAUGCUAUUCCUCAUAUGUCCAAAGGUUCAUCAAUAAUUAAUGUUGCUUCUAUUCAAGCUUAUAGUCCAAGUGCAGGAAUUCUUGAUUAUGCCACAACAAAAGCUGCAAUUGUUGCGUUUACAAAAGGUCUUGCUGAAAAAAUGCUUGAAAAAGGUAUUCGAGUUAAUUGUGUUGCUCCUGGACCUGUAUGGACACCACUUAUAGUUACAAGUUAUUCGAAAGAAAAAAGUUCACAAUUUGGAGCAAAUUCUCCAAUGAAACGUCCAGCACAACCUCGAGAAUUAGCACCAGCUUUUGUAUUUCUUGCAACUGGUAAAGAAUCAACGUAUAUUACAGGUGAAAUACUUAGUGUUACAGGUGGUCGUAUAACUGCUUAG